AUGUUGCCGUAAAACGUUUUGUUUUGCGGCCAUGUUUGUUUUUGUUUGAUCAUGCUUGUGAAGUUUAUUGGCUACUUUUGAUCAAAUCAGUUUUAUGCAGCAUUGGAAUUAGCAAGGUGUAAUUUUUCAAAAUGUGCUCCAUACCUUCUGUUCCUGGGGCCACAAAGCGGAAAGAGAUCUACAAAUAUGAUGCCCCCUGGACCGUCUACAGUAUGAACUGGAGUGUUCGACCAGACAAAAGGUUCAGACUGGCUCUUGGUAGUUUUGUUGAAGAGUAUAAUAACAAGGUCCAGAUUGUGGCGCUGGAUGAAGAAACAUCAGACUUUGGUGCGAAGAGCACAUUUGAUCAUCCAUACCCAACCACAAAGAUCAUGUGGAUUCCAGACACAAAAGGUGUCUUUCCUGAUUUGCUGGCGACAAGUGGGGACUAUUUACGAGUGUGGAGAGUUGGGGACACCGAGACACGGCUGGAAUGUCUGCUAAAUAAUAACAAAAACAGUGAUUUCUGUGCUCCAUUAACAUCGUUUGACUGGAAUGAGGUGGAUCCAAACUUACUUGGAACUUCGAGCAUCGACACCACGUGUACAAUUUGGGGCCUUGAGACUGGUCAGGUUCUCGGCCGCGUAAAUAUGGUGUCGGGUCAUGUGAAGACACAAUUGAUAGCACACGACAAAGAAGUCUAUGACAUUGCUUUUAGCCGGGCAGGAGGGGGAAGGGACAUGUUUGCUAGUGUUGGUGCUGAUGGAUCAGUGCGCAUGUUUGACCUCCGUCACUUGGAACAUUCUACCAUCAUCUACGAAGAUCCCCAGCAUGUUCCACUGUUGAGACUCGCGUGGAACAAACAGGAUCCCAACUAUCUCACCACUAUGGCCAUGGACGCCUUGGAGGUAAUUAUUCUAGACGUAAGAGUUCCCUGCACUCCAGUAGCCAGACUGAACAACCAUCGAGCCUGUGUUAAUGGAAUCGCAUGGGCACCCCAUUCCAGUUGUCACAUUUGUACAGCAGCGGACGACCACCAGGCUCUUAUCUGGGACAUUCAGCAAAUGCCACGAGCUAUCGAAGAUCCUAUUUUAGCAUACACAUCGUCAGGGGAGAUAAAUCAGAUUCAGUGGUCAUCAACACAGCCCGACUGGAUUGCAAUAUGUUACAACAACAGUUUAGAAAUCCUGCGAGUCUGAAUCUGGUGUUAUGCUAACAGCUUCGACUGUAAAAUAUCACGGCAUCAGUUUUGACACUAAACAUGAUAUUUUGGGCAGAAAUGUACAAAAAGGUGGAAAUAUUGACAUUAUUUGCAGGCAGGGCACAAACAUUUGCAGUGCAUUAUUUAAAAAAAGAAACUCCUCUUUUUUAUUAUAUGGGUAUCCACUGGUUAAAGUGUCGUAGAAAUGCUCACAGCAAAGCCCAAUGUUUUCUCCAUCACUAUAAUGGUUAAUGUGUCAUUUUCACAAAUCGUGAAUUGCUACGUCAAAUGCUGAAUUGGGAUGGCUGAAUCUUAUGAGUAGUGCAAUGUGUAGAGAUUAUGAGGAAAUAAGACAGUUUAAUUCUUGUGGUGCCCUCAUAACAUUACUGUUAUUCACAUGGUUUAAAAUAUGGUACAUAUCAAAGUGAUAUAAUAUCUUUCAUGACAAAAUAUCAUGCACUUCAAAACAUAUAUGCUUUCUGCGUAUUCAGAGUUAAACUCUUGAAUUUGGCAAAUGUAUUUCCUUGUUAAAUUGCCAAAUAAUCUCAUUCAAAAAUUGAAUUAUUUGGCUACAAAUUUUGACCAAUUUUGCCAGAUUUCUGUUACGGUUUUGAGUUCAAGUUAAAUCCUGCUACUCCAUAAAAUAAUUUCGCUGACCAACAGUAAUAAAGAAAGCUCAGAAUGGUGAACAAAUAUUUUACUUGGUACAUUAUUAUAAUGGAAGCUUGCUUAGUAUUCAGAUUGAUUCAAUUAAGCCAAAUUCAGUAACUGAAUCAUGUAAUACGAUUUUAAGGAUGUGAAACAUAAUUAGAAAUAAAGGAAAUAUACAAGGAUGUGAAAGGUAAUUAGAAAUAAAGGAAAUGUACAAAGAUUUAGAAAACGGGUAAUAUGAAACUUGAUUUGUUGUUGAAAAGUGCUAGAAUUACGAUGUUGAGGGAAAUGAGUACUAAUUAAAAAAUAACAGGGAGUAGACUGCAUCUUGCAGUAUUAUCUUUGCUGCCUUACAUAGCGAUUAUGAUACAUAAUAUUAUAUUGCUUUUCUUUGCUUUUUAAGUGAGGGAGUUAGCCUUGUUUGAGUGUUGUAUUUAUCAAACAACCCUUCACCUGAUUUGCAAAAAAAAAAAGAAGAAUAAAAGCUUUUUAAUAUGGAGCAAUAAUCUCAAUUCAUUCCAUUUUCAUCAUACUUAUUAAACAUUGUGUUAUGAAUUUUUCCUUUUUAAAAAAUCAUUCAGUUUAUUCGGUCAUAGAUUUCUACACAGUAUUGUCUGCUGUAUUUAGCAGCUACUGGGAUACUAAAAUGGGGGUCUUGUAAAUUUAAAUGAAUAAUGAAACUGCAUUAGGUUAUUCCAAAGAACAUAAUAUUGCCAUUUAACACAAAUUAUCAAUUUAAGUUGCAACAUUAUGGAACCAAAGUGGAUUUGCCCUUCACUUUUGAAUUGCUAAAAAAACAAACCCAAAACAAAAACAAAAACAAAACACCUGACAUUUUCAGCAAAGAUUUCAAAAGACGUGUUAAGCUUCAUUUUUGAAUGGCAUUUAUAUACAUAUUUUAAAACCAUAAUCAUGUCAAGUGUAUUUGUGUCUAAGGAAUCGAUGCAAGUAUAAUGCAUUUGUUCUUUAGGCAGUUGCUAUGGUCAUUUGAAUGUUGCUGAUAUUGUGUUGAUGUAAAAUAAUUGUAAUUGUCAACUAAAUGUUCUUUUUGUUAUUGAUGUGUCAUUUUAUGAACGCUUUGACAUCAUAUAAUGUUACAUAAAUAUGUCAUCAUUAUAGUGCUUGUAUAAAUGGCAUAUGUAAGAAAAAUAUUUAAUUUUUUUUAAUUCUGGUGUAUGAUACUUACGUUUUCCAGAUUAUACUAGUUUCGACUCUGAUUACAAUACAGGAACAGGGAUGGUGCUGUGGCACAGCCUGCCCACCCACUCCCUUCACCACUUAUUAACAACCUAAAGAUAGAGGGGAUCUUAAAGUGACAUUCCUGAGUUUGCUACAUUGUAAGAUGUUUCCGACUAAUAAAAUAUUUCUACGAUUAAACUUACAUAAUUAAAUAUAUUUUUUUGUUUAGAAUAUCAUUGUCUGUAUAUUCAG